GGCAGCGCGGGGCGCGGGCGCAGGAGCAACAAUGGAUUGGCCCCAACAAAGAUGUAGCAGGUGUUGGGAGAAGACAUCCCAUCUGAAAUGGAGGUGAUCGAGGGAGCUGAAUGCUGACUGCACCAACAUGGGGCUGCGACUGUUGGCUUGGCUUUUCCACUUGCCCACUGCAGUGAUCUAUGGGUCCCUGUCACUGUUUGUUUCCAUUUUGCACAACGUAUUCCUCCUGUACUACGUGGACACUUUUGUCUCUGUUUACAAGAUUGAUAAACUGUCCUUUUGGAUAGGAGAGACAGUGUUUCUGAUCUGGAACAGUCUCAAUGACCCUCUGUUUGGCUGGCUGAGCGACCGGGUGUUCCUUAGCACACAGCAGCCAGGAACAGAGAUUUCCUCCCCAGAAGUCAUUCUGAAGAGGCUCAGAGCGCUAAGCCACAAUGGCCCCCUCUUUGCCAUCUCCUUCCUGGCUUUCUGGGUUGCCUGGGCUCAUCCUGGCUUGCAGUUCCUUCUUUGCCUUUGCAUGUACGACAGCUUUCUCACCAUGGUCGACCUCCAUCACAACGCCUUGCUUGCAGACUUGGCUGUUUCAGCAAAAGACAGGACUAGCCUCAACUUCUACUGCUCCCUCUUCAGUGCCAUAGGCUCCCUCUCUGUCUUCAUGUCCUAUGCAGUGUGGAACAAAGAGGACUUCUUUUCCUUUCGCAUAUUUUGUGUCGUGCUGGCCCUCUGCUCCAUCGUCGGUUUCACCUUGUCCACACAGCUGCUCCGCCAGCGGUUUGAAGCUGAUGGGAAAGCAAAAUGGGACCAGGAAUCAACCCUGAAAGAGCUGUACAUUGAGAAACUCUCCAUCCCCCAGGAGAAGAUCAUCACCCUGGCAGAGUACCUCCAGCAGCUCUUCCGGCACCGCAACUUCCUCUGGUUUGUCUGCAUGAACCUGGUCCAGGUUUUUCACUGCCACUUUAACAGCAACUUCUUCCCUCUGUUCCUGGAGCACCUGCUGUCAGACCAGAUCUCUGUCUCUACUGGAUCCUUCCUGCUUGGUGUUUCUUACAUUGCCCCCCAUCUCAACAACCUCUACUUCCUCUCCCUCUGCCGCCGCUGCGGGGUUUACGCUGUGGUUCGAGGACUGUUCUUUCUGAAGCUGGCUCUCAGCGUUGUCAUGCUCCUGGCAGGUCCUGAUCAGGUGUAUCUGCUCUGCAUCUUCAUCGCCAGCAACCGGGUGUUCACCGAAGGGACCUGUAAGUUGCUUAACUUGGUGGUCACUGACUUGGUGGAUGAGGAUCUAGUCCUGAACCGUCGGAAGCAGGCGGCCUCAGCGCUGCUCUUUGGGAUGGUGGCUCUGGUCACCAAGCCGGGCCAGACCUUCGCCCCUCUGAUCGGCACCUGGCUGCUCUGUGCAUACACAGGCUACGACAUCUUCCAGCGCAACCCAUUGAGCAACGUGGUGAGUGCCCAGCCAAAGCUGGAGUCUGCUGCAGCCUUGGAGCCAACUCUACGCCAGGGCUGCUUUUACCUCCUUGUCUUCGUACCCAUCACGUGUGCACUGCUGCAGCUCCUCAGCUGGUCACAGUUCAGCUUGCACGGGAAGCGUCUGCAGAUGGUGAAGGCUCAGCGCCAAAGCCUGACGCAAGGCCGAGCACCGGAGAUCAAAACAAUCUAGGGGUGCCUGAGCCAGCAGGGUGCUGCUGGUUCCAGGCUGGUGCAGGACAGCAGGCAAGGUGCAGGGAUUGUGGGCUGAGAAACCCCAACGUUUACAGUUCAACUGUGAAAUGCUGUAAAGCCAAUGUUUACUCACUCCAGGAAGUGGUUGCUAAGGGAGGCAGAGAAAUUCAUCAUGUGAGGGGGCCUGGGAUAGAUCACUUGGCCACAGGAGCAUGAACCUUUUAUCCUAGCCUGUCCAAGGCAGCAGAGGGCUGCUCAUCCCAGCAGAGAGGUGCUGGAGACAGCCAAGUCCCCAGUGCAGUCCUCUACCCUGGGCAUGGCCCUGGGGAGCCACAGCCUCUCUGGCUGAGCAGGAGGGGCCCACACAGAGUUUUUCCUUGCUAGAGCCCUGCAGCUUUGGGGAGUGGAACAGGUAGCUCCUGACGAACAGUAACCAAGGAAGUGAUUACAGGACAGCAGGAGCAAGGAUAGGCAGAUCCAUAAUACCUUUCCCAGUAGCUGGUACAACCCCUCUCACAUGCAUACGCUGUGGGUCUUGGACCAAAUAUGUUCUUAGGCAUUUCUUGUUCCCAGAAAAAUAUCCUGCACAGCCAGGGUCUGCCAGCUGUGUUUGUUAUAAAGUGAGGUGCUCUCCUCCAUGGCCUUGCAGAGAGAGCUGUUGCCGAGUUGGAAAAGACGCUGGGCUUGAACUGGGCUCAGAGCCUUGAACUAGGACAUCUCAUCUGGCAUCCUGCUGCCUGUGUUUAACACUUCUCUCCCCUCCACAGCCCCUCUCAGUCACCACUGUCACACCAGUGUGUCCUGAGUCCCCUCCCAUGCCAGCUGGGGCUGUUGGGCCAAGGUCAGGGAACCAACCCCUAACCCUGCAGAUGGAAGUGCCUCCCUGCCCAGCGCUGUUCCUGGUGCCCCAGUGAGGCAGCCUGGUGCCUUCCCCUCUUGCAGUGGGAGAGCACAGCCUGGAGGAGACACCAGGUCUUGCUUUUGUGCCUUCAAUUCCUCUUUGAAGCCUGUCUAACACAAUGCUGGGCAGUCACAGGGUUGAUAUUUUACCUUUGUGGGGAGAGACAUUUCUGCUUGAAAUGGUGCCCCAGAGUUUGAUCAUCUCAUCUGGCUGCCAAGCCACUGACUGAAGGAGUAGAGUAGGUGUUUUGGUCUCGCUGGUUCUGGCUGGGAGCAAAUGAGCCAAGUGGUCCCCAAAUGGAUCCCUGAGGUGAGGCAGAGUCUCCUCAAUCCCUGCAACGUGUUUGGGGACAGGUAGAAGAGAUGUGCCAAAGCGGAGCUCUGUCCUAUGUGGCCCUGCAGGAAGAGGGGGUGUGCAGGCAGCAUUUGGUGGCUGCUGGGUGCUUAGGGACAUGCCAUUCUUUUAGUGCCAGGUUCCCUCUGGGGUCUCAGCCCACUAACCUGCCCUUUUGCCUCAGGACACGACUGCCUUCUGUCUUGGACCAAGACAUUCCUGCCACAAGGCUUCUGUAGCUCUUGAUAAUUCAAUCAUGAGUUAUUUGUGCAACUUCUAACAAAGUUUGAGAAUAAUUAUUCAUUUCAUAAAUUAAAGAUGGUCUUUUCUGUA